UCGGACGCCGUCGGUAGCGGGUCAGACUGCGCUCUCCGGGGCGGAGGCGACGGCAGUCAUGGAGCUCGUGCUGCUGCCCGUGCUGCUGGUCGUUCUGCUGCUGGUUCUGCUGUACAAGUAUGGUACACGCAACUACGGCACGCUGGAGAAGCUCGGCAUCCCCGUCGUCAAGCCGUACCCGUUCGUGGGCAGCGUGCGGUACCCUGCCCGCACCUCCACCGACCAGGAGGACAUGCGCAAUGCCAAGCGCUUUGGCAAGGUCUGGGGCGUGUACGAAGGCCCGUGGCCGCAGGUGUUUGUGGCUGACGCGGAGCUGGCCAAGCGGAUCUUAAUCAAAGACUUUGACCACUUCCCCGACCGGCCGAUCCUGUUCGACAUUCCGUACGGCCGUGACAUGCUUGACAUGAAGCCGGGAGAGCAGUGGAAGAUGCUCAGGUCCAUGCUCGCUCCUGCGCUGGCCUCCGGUGUCAAGCUCAAGGCCAUGAUGCCCACAAUGGUUGAGUGCGCUCAGCAGGCAUUCCACAGAAUGGAAGCGAAGAUGCGUCAGACCCCAGUGCUGUCGAUGCGAGAGGACCUGUUCGGCCCGCUGACGCUGGACAUCAUGGCCCAGUUCUCCUUUGGCAUCAAGGUGCCCAACGUCGCAGACACAAGUAGCACGUUCGUCAAGUACGCAUCGGCUUUCAGCGCCCAGGGAGACACCCCAGACACGUGGAUGACAACGCUGAUGACCUCGUUCCCCAGCAUCGCCAACUACAUGAUGGGCAGGGAGCUGGUUCCCGCAUUCAAGUACUUCCUGAACCUGGUGCGCAGCUCCAUCAAGCAACGGCGCGCCGAAGGCGUCGAGCGCCCAGACCUGAUUGGCGCACUGAUGGACGCCAUCGACAAGAAGGUGCCGACGCCCGAGUGUCGCAGGCUCAACAUCACCGAAGAACUCGUCAUGCUGCAGGGCGCCGAGAUGCUGAUGGCCGCCUACGACACCAUUGGCACUACGCUCACCAUCACCUCCUACUUCCUCGCCAAGAACCCGGACGUCGCCGCCCGCAUCGCCGAAGAGGCAGCCGGCGUGGAGCUGACGUACGAGGCGCUGCAGCGGCUGCCGGUGACGGAGGCCGCGAUACAGGAGUCGCUGCGCCUUUCGCCGCUCAUCUCGCGCCACUUCCGACUCUGCACGCGC